AUGGCUGAUGAAGAAACACGUUCUCUAUGGUUUAAUCCAUCAGCAGCUGAAGAUCUCGAUCGGGAAUAUACAUUAAUUGGCAUGUUAUUAGGUUUAGCUAUAUAUAAUUCAAUUAUUCUUGAUAUUAAAUUUCCACCUGUCCUAUAUCGUAAAUUAAUGGGUAAAGUUGGAACAUUCAAAGAUCUUGAAACAUCACAUCCGACUAUUUACAAAAGUUUAAAAAAUCUUUUAUCAUUCAAUGAACAGCAAGACGGUGCAACAGUUGAAGAUGCAUUUGGUUUAACAUUUCAAGUUGGUAUUACAGAUGCAACUGGUUCACGAGUUACAUUUGAUUUAAAAGAGAAUGGUGAAAAUAUUCCAGUAACAAGUGAUAAUCGAGAGGAGUUUAUACGUCUUUACAGUGAUCUUCUAUUAAAUAAAAGUGUUGAAAAACAAUUUCAUCCAUUUUUUCAUGGAUUUUUAUUAGUAACACGUGAUAGUUCAUUACGAAAACUUUUUCGACCUGAUGAAAUUGAAUUACUCGUUGCUGGUAGUCAUGUAUUAGAUUUUAAUCAACUUGCUUCAGCUGCUGAAUAUGAUGGUGGUUAUUCACAAAAUAGUUCAACAAUCAGAAAUUUUUGGAAUGUGUUAAUGAGUUUUACUGAUGAACAAAAACGAAAAUUUCUUCGAUUCACUACGGGUAGUGAUCGUGCACCUAUCGGUGGUUUAGCACGAUUGAAACUAAUUAUAUCCCGAAAUGGUCCUGAUACUGAUCGUUUACCAACAGCUCAUACAUGUUUCAAUGCUUUUCUUCUUCCUGAUUAUUCAUCAAUGGAAAAGUUACGUGAAAAACUAUUAAUUGCAAUUAAUAAUGCUGAAGGAUUUGGUUUACUUUAA